AUGUCUGGACAGCCCGUUAGCAUGGAGAUCGUCGAGCGGACGGCUUUCGUAUCCGCGUCUCUUCUCUACUCCAAACCUCUGAUUUCGUUAUUCAUAACCGGUAUGCAAGCCGUCCUAUGUAUCUACGGUCUCUCCUGUUUCAUCCAGACCUCUCCCGAGAAGAGGAAAGGCCGACUCCCUUACAUCCUUCUAAGUUUCGCCAUCCUGGCGCUCUCGGGGGCGUCUGUCGGGAUGGACCUAUCGCUGGUGUUUUGGGAUUUAUAUUAUUCAGGCCCGGGAAUGGACUACGUGAGGACUAGGCAGAUGCUACAUAACAUUGAGUUACGCAUUGCGAAUCUGGUGUUUACGUAUGGGUAUGUGGUGUUGGGGGAUGGUUUGUUGCUGUAUAGAUGUUACAUCAUCUGGACCGGCUUCCCCUGGAUACCCAUCGCUCCAACGCUAAUCUAUCUCGGAUUCAUAGGCCUCACAAUAGCCAACAUAACCCGACACGCCCUCCGAACAGCGCUCUCCUCCCAACCCCAAAUCCUCAUCUCCAUCCGCAUCGAAUUCGCCUACACAUUUCUCACCGCCGGGUUCAACAUCCUCACCACCUCCCUUAUCGCCUUCCGGCUCAUCCGCGCUCGCCGCUCCUUCGCCGAAGCCCUCCCAGGCCGCAACACCCGCGUGUACAGCACGGCUGCGCGGAUCCUCAUCGAGUCCGCGGUGCCUCUGGCGUUGUUGGGAUUUUGCGCUGCCGCUGCGGGUGUGGCGAACUGGGUACAUCUGAGUGUGGCGCGGAAGACGGGGAAUAAUCCGAAUUUGAACUUUGCCAUCGUUGUGGAGGCCUUCAAUUCCCUCUACUUCAGUUUUGCGAGGAUAACCGUGCAUGGUCCCUUUGAACAGGCUCUCUCCCCACAGAUGAUCAUAUUUAGGGUGACCACCGGCCGGUCCUUCACGCGCGAAGACAACGAAAAGAGGAAAUCUACACUGAACCCGGAGAGUCGACCAUUGUCGCAGCCUCUAGCCUUCAAUGUUGGACAGGAAAGCCAUGUUUCCAGUGAAUCGACUGGUAGGGUGUUAGUUGUUGAAAGCAUUAAACUUGGGGGUGCUCAGGAGAAGGAAGCUUGCGAAGAUGAAGAGAGAAUUAACGGGUCCAAUGGGGUUUGA